AUGGAGACGUUUGAGGAGUCGGAAGAAGAGCUAUCUGAUGAGGAUCCAAACAGAUGUGACGAAUGUACUGAAAACUAUUACCAAACACAAUAUUCAGAGGAUUGGAUCCAAUGUCCCACUUGUUCAGCAUGGCUGCAUGAAUUUUGUACAAUAUUCUUCGUGAUCGGAGCAAGCGCUGAGAAAAAUGCGCGACGGCGACGCGGCAUCGUCACCGAAAAAUGCCUCAUGCUGCCUGGCAUCCGACUGUUCUUGGUAAAAUUGCUGCCAGCCAAACUGGUGACAGAUGCUGGCAAUCAUGAGCAUUUACUUGCACUCAGCAGUUGGAGUAAAGUCUUAGCAGCGAUCUACCUGCGUACCGAAAGACGAUUCCCGGAUAGUUCAAUCGUUAGACUGGUGACGGCUUUAUGA